GACCACUCGCGACGGCGGCGUUCGUUUUUCUUGUUGAAUGAGUUGAUUGUUGUGAAUUAUUUACAUUAAAAAUUCCGAUAUUUUGAUUUAAUUGCAUUUUGAGUUCAGUGCAUUGUGCGCAUUUAUAUCUAUUAUUUAAUGCAAUGACAUCCGAUAAGUUAUUUUUUUAGUGGGAAAUCUUUGCGUGUGGUGAUGAGUUAAUUAUAGCAAAUAAUAGCUAUUAAAAGUUGAUUAACUGGUUGUGUGGUGUAAUCAUGAUGGAAACAAGAAGCGGUCGGACGCGGCAGAGUAUAGUUGAACCGAGUCCACCGAGGACACGAAAAGGAAUAUCCCCAACUCGGUCUCCCGCCAGAAACCGAAAGAGCUCGCCUGCGGCACGUUCGACUCAAAAGUCACCCGCUCGCAAAUCACCUAGUAGGAAGCCUGCGCCGAAAUAUCCUGCGCGUAAAUCGCCGUCCAGAAGCGUUAAGGAAACUAAGGAAUUAAAGGAAACCAAGGAUGUUAAGGAAAAUAUAACAAAAUCUCCGUCAAAGCGACCAACUUUAAAAAAAGAAGUCGAAGUUAAACUAAGAGACGUAUCAGCCAAUAUUGAGCUUCUGCGUAGUACUCGAAUUCGGCAAUCCGAUUUUUACUCUAUCUCUGAUUUUUCUUUGCCAAAAACAGAUUUUCUUAAAACAGAUCUUAAAUCGGAAGGCCUCAAUGGUAUAGAGGAAUUAGAGACUAGAGACACGCUGGAUGAUAGAAUUAUGACCAGUUUAAGGAACAGAAGGACUGUUGAAGAGACUGCCCCCCGGAGGUCUAGCAGGUUGAAGGAUGUAGGUGAUAGUAUAUCAGAUAGUAUAAGACGUAGCUUUACUAAAUCACCAAGUAAAUCUGUGAGCAAGUCAAUAAGCCAGUCCCUUUGUUCGUAUUCAGAUGAGGAAGAUGAAAUGUUGUUGAACGAAAGAAGUAAAUCACAGUCUGUGACAAGAAAGCUUGCUACUCCGUUACCAAGUUUAACAUCACAAUUUGGCAACAGAUUUGAAUUUGCUGGGAGAGCGGGAGCUACAGCUUUAUAUACAUUAAUACCACUGACAGUAUUUUACAUACUCAUGUCUUGCUCAAAGGCAUGCUCGUACAAAACGCUCAAAGAUCUACUGUUAUACAAAUCUAUGUCAAUAUGGUUUAAUGUACAAUCAACAGUAUUCAUAGUCAGUAAUUUGCUUAUACAAGCAAUUUUUCUGUCUAUACCUGUAUUUGGUACCAAAGAGGUUGAUGACAGAGGUAGAAAGUGUUAUUUCAAUGCAUUGUUCUCAAGUUUCUGUACAUUAAAUGUACUGUUUGGCCUAGAUUACUACGGCAUACUGAAAAAUGACAGUUCAUUGAACUCAUAUUUGCCAAUGGCCACUGUUUCUUACAUAUUGGCUGUAAUAUUGUCGUUGAUAAUGUUCUUGAAGAGUCGCAAAGUUGAUGACAAUGAUUUGAAUCCAUAUGGUAAUUCUGGAUAUGCAUUAUAUGAUUUCUUCAUUGGACGAGAGAUUCAGGCUGUUCUAUUGGGAGUAAAUGUUAAGCUUUGGAUAGCAAGAGUCUCUAAUAUCAGCACUCUUUUUUUCUCAGUAUUAAUCUUCAAACAUGGCAUUAUUCUUCAAGAGAAAGAAAUUAUAAAUAAUAUCUCAUUAGACGAGCUUAAAAAUGUUCUUAAUAAAGUGCAAUUUAAGCCAACAAUACUUGUGUACUCUAUGAUGCAAAUAAUUUAUGCUUUAUAUUUCAUUAUGAGAGAGAAAAAAGUUGUGGCAACAUUCUAUUGGCAUUCCGAAGGCUUAGGGUACCUACAGAUUGUUUCAAGCGCUUUAUAUCCGUUUUUCUUCACAACUAUAUCUAAAUAUGUGGCUGAUGCUGAUAUAAAAAUGACAACUAAUGCUCUGAUAGCUGCUUCCACACUCUUUCUGCUUGGUGUCAGCAUAAUGGUUAUCAGUAACACCAUAAAAUAUGAAUUCAGGAAAAAUCCACUGCAGCCUAGCCUGAUGUACUUAGAUUCGAUGCCAACAUUUCACGGCAAGAAGCUACUGGUCUCUAAUCUAUGGGGUAUUGUACGGCAUCCUAACUAUGCGGGGGACAUAUUGAUACAUGCAGCUUUGGCAAUACCAGGUAUUCUCUCCCGGCAACUGAUCGCCGCGGCACCAGCUCUGAUAACCAUAGUGGUGCUCCUACAUCGAUGCUGGCGGGACCACAACCGAUGCAGGCGCCGCUACGGGGCCGCCUGGCAGAGGUAUUGCAAGCGGGUGCCCUCUGUCAUCAUACCAAAAAUACUGUAAGCUGCAUCGCCAGUCACCGAUGUUGAAAUAUUUUGCAACACCCUUGAGGAUAUCUUAAAUAUUCGAUGUUUAAACUAUGAAUUUAUCACUAAUAUAAUAAUGAUGUUAUGUUCCACCAAUCAAUUUUAGCGGUAGCAAAAUCAAUGUUAGCGGUAGCAAAAUCAAUGUAAGCGACACUACGGGGUCGCCUGACAGGUAUAUUCAAAGCGAGCGUCGUCUGUCAUCAUACCAAAAGUAAUAUAAGCUGCACCGCGCGUCACCGAUGUUGAUAAAGUUUGGCUACAGCCUUGAGGAUAUCUUGUAUAUUCGAUGUUUAAACUAGGAAUGUAUCAAUGGUAUAGUAAUGACGUAAUUUUCCACCAAUUAAUGUUAGCGAUGGCAAAGACAACGCAGGCGACACGGGUCGCCUGACAGGUAUAUUCAAAGCGAGCGCCAUCUGUCAUCAUACUAAAAUAUUGUUAGCUGCACCGCGCGUUACCAAUGUUAGAAUAGUUAGGCUACCUUAAAUAUUCGCAGUUUAAAUUAGGAAUGUAUUAGUAGUAUAAUGAUGACGUCAUGUUCGUCCAACCGAUGCAGGCGACGCUUUAAUAGACUCAUCAUACCAAAAAUAUUGUAAGCAUCUUGGGAAAGUUGGGCUUUUGUUUUUUUUCUAUAAAUAUAUCAAUGGCAUAUUAAAGACGUUAAUGUCGGCGGGAUUACUUAAAAGUAUACUUACAAAUUGGGAUGUAUCUCUGUCCUGUGAGGUAUUUCAGUCCUUCAUCUGUGGUGUAACAAUAACGUAGUUAUCUUUUAUUGAUGUUGGUGAAACGACGGUUGAUGUGGAAUUAGUUAUGUUCUGUAUACGUAUUGCGUAUAAAGAUGAGAAGCGGUGAUAGAGUUGAGCCUUUCUUUCGGAAGGACUUGAGUCUUUAACGGUUAAGAAAAUCGUGGCCUUCAGUUUUUGAAGUCGUGUAGAGACCGAUCCGCACUUGGCCAUUUGAUGGUCUACGGCCUAAGUUUCAUUCCUUGCCGCUGUAAUGGGCCUAUAAUCGGUCGAUGAUGAUGAUUGCGUAUAAUUUUCUAUCCUUCAUUCGUUAUACCAAAUUUAUUGUAUUCACGUCACAAUUAAUAUUUAAUUAGUGGGUGGGGGCGAGCGAAACCAUUCGCUGUGUAAAUAUCUUAAAGUUUACUGGAAUAUUGCGCAAUUUUAUACAAUAAGAUAUUACUUAUUAUAAUUAUGUAGGUAUUUUCGGCGCAGAUUAAAGAAAAGGAUAGACUAAACUAAAUUCGGUUAGUGAGUAAAGAUAAAGGUAAAGAUACUUUUCGACGCGUAUAUAGUCAAAGUUUGUUUACAUUAAUUACCCCUUUUUGUUGUUUAGACCAGAGGUUCACAAACUUUUUCUUCUCGUAAAACACGUAAAAUUAACCCCCUGCUGUACAUUUGUACUAUAUUCCCAAAACCCAAUACUACUAUGCAAGUAGUUAAACAUAAUUUUUUUGAAUAAAACUGUCUAAUACACGAUGAUAAAAAAAUUGCUAAAAAUUAGAAGUUUCAAAAUAAUGAUAAGUCGCAAUACGACCAUCUUUCGCCGUUAUACAGCCUGACAAAAUUCACCAAAACUUCACCAAGAUUUUUUCCACCAAGGAAGUUUAUCUACCUACGUUAAUAGGUAAUGCCAUGACAUCAUUCUUGUAUUUUAUUACAUUACAUUAUCGUGGAUCAUCACUAACAACUUGUGAGAAUUGAAUUCAAGUUGAAUUUUUAUUGUACGCCAAUUUUAACUCCCGUCAAGCCUUAUGUAAGCCGUCAGCCUGAGGAUGUAUGAUGCACUUGGGGGGUCUAGACCACUUUGAGAAUCUCUGGUUUAAACGUUGGCAUAGGUUGUGUGUAAGCAUAAGGUAAUAUGUUUUAUAAUAGCCCCGUUCGUUCGUUCUAUCUUUGUUCUUUAGCAUGUGUCUGAAAAUGCACGACAAGAUAGAGACUCUUUGUUAUCUCUCUAUAUUGUCUCGAAACGAGCUCAUGUAGUUAAAAUUGUAACUAUACAUAUUAUAUUAUAUUAUAUUGGAUAAAAUUUAAAAUAUAUUGUUAAGGUAGGCACAUGGCACCUAGCAGAACUUUAUAUGCCAUGGAAAUUUUUAAAUACUAUAAUAAUUAACUAGAAAUUUACAUGUUCUUACUUAUUAUGGUUGUGAGACCAAAUUCACAGCAUUUAACACGCUGAUUGCCAAAUGCCCUCCCAAGACUGCCAAGGCAAGACUAGUGGACUUUGCUAUUAUUAUUACGAAGAAAAGAGGCUUCUCUUUUUGCAUUUGGCCAUAAUUUCUUAAGUGUGUACCCAACAACUAUGCAUACAUAUAUGUCUGUAGUCAGGAGUCAGUAUGGGUGUGAUUCGCUUUGGACCUUCCUAUCCUUAUAUGUAUUGAUAUGAUGAAAUAGCUCUUCUAUUUUAAAAAUAUCUACAUUUUAAAUGUACUUCUAUAUUUACAACUUUUUUUAAAAAAACGACACGUACAAUUUUAUCAGGUAGUUUUAUUUUAUAUUAAAAAUGAAUGUAUUUUUGUUAAUAAAUAAAUGUUUUUCUUACGAAAUUAUACUUAUACAAUUACUCUAUUUUGACCACUAGAAUACUUAAAAGUAAUGAAUGUUUUUAAUCUAAAUGUAUUUUUCACGAUUAGUGUCCUUGCCAUAGACUUUACCACCGGACAUUAAUUAAUUAUUAUUUAGCUCUCUAUCAAUAAAUAGAAAAUAAUUAUUAAUUUUUACGAUAUUCGUAUUUAAGGUAACUAAUAUAUUAAACAAUAGAAAUGAAGCAUAAUAAAAUCACAGAAUUAAGAAUAUACAGAAACCGAGUACACGAUUAAUAUUGAAACAAUAAAAACCAUUCUACUUUAGUAGAGUUUCUCAAACUGGCCGUUACUCCCUCCCACUUACUUCAUCCCACUUAGCAUUUGGUUUACAGUUAUUAUUUUACCCCUUAUGUUCUAUACGUUUACCAUCAUCAUUUCAACUAAUGGACGUCCACAGCUGGACAUAGGUCUUUUGUAGGGAGUUCCACAAUCCACGGUCUUGGGCCGCUUGCCUCCUGUAUGUUCUUAAUUCUAUGAAUAUAAUCAUUAUACAUUUGUCAAUAGUAUUGCAUCAAUGUAGGUAACUGGGCGGAACCGAAAUAUAUUGAAUCUGUAUUGGAAGUGACAUUAUAGUGUGUUUUCACGCUUGCUUUCUGCAUGGCGGGGAUUUGGAUGUAAUACUAUAGACGCAAUCUCUUAAAUUGUAAUUUAAUGGAAGUAGCUUUACUCAAUCGUAAUAUAAUGUUAAAAUAGUUAUUACGAAUUUAACUUACUUUACUAUUGUAUGAACUUAUUGUAGUAGUUUUUAAGAAAUGUUGGAAAGUGGAAAAGAAAGUGCCUCGAAAAGUUGACAUUUAUUUUAUAUUUUUGGCAUGAUAUACAAAGGCAUUAUUCGCUCAAAACAAUUACUAUGUUUAAUCUUUUAGAGUUUUAACUAAUUAUUGUGAGUAGUAAAUGUUUAGAAAACAGAAAUACGUAUGUAUUACAUCUUUAAGACCUUUCUCAAACGUAAAUAUAAAUAUCAUUUUGUAAAUAUA